CCCCACUGCAGGCUAAGGGCGGGCUCAUUGACACCCCCACACACCCCCUCGCCCCAUGGCUACGAUAGUCGAGGCCGCGACCGUUUUCCAAACGCCCGUACCCCCUCAGCCUCGACCGGCGCGCCCUAGACUCUCUACCUCGUAUGCGGACAAGCAACAUGACCGCUCUCUGUGCCAGCCGCUCUCACCAUCGAUGAAUGCGCUCGACCUGUCCUUCGGCUCUCCACUGCCCGUUCUUGCGACUCUCCGCCUUCACGUCUUGUCAUAUCUUGCAGAUUUGGAGGCUCAUCUUGCCCUACUCGAGUCUCCCAUAUCGGCCGAGUCGCUGAAGACGAGGAGCGAGUCUACUGUGGAGGAAGCCAGGACAUGGGUGGCGACUGCGUUGGAGAUGCUCAGUAACAUACGCACGGACGUAUGCUCCCACCUUCCGGAGUUUUACGUCGAGACGCCAACUGUGGAGGGGUUUGUCAAGUCUCACAUACCUGACAUGUCCGGCAUGCGCUCCCGCCUAGAGGACGUCAGGACCAGCUUCACCGACAUAGACUUUCACAGCCCGCUAGAAUAUAUCCCUACGCUUUCCGAGAACUUGCAUUCUCUGCAGUCCCAUCUAUCCUCUGUCGACCUGCCUCAGAGUCUGUGCGACUCUGUUUCGUAUCUCAAGCCUCAUGCCACUCUCAGCGAGCUGCUGGACAAGGUUAUGGCCUCAGAAUUCGUGUCAAGAGUGUCUUCGGACAUCCGAGGCGGCGAAGAUGCGCUAGAGAAAGCGGCAAUAGAUGUUACUAGAGCCAUGCGGAGAUCAUUGAACGGCUCGCGCCUUAUUCAUUACGUAGACUUGCCUGAGAGGUGGCGAAAUAAUCGCUUCGUCACUCGCGGCUAUCGUUUUAUUCCUUUGCAGCAAUGGCCUCUAAUAAUUAUGUCCGUCUUUGCAUUGCAUAAUGAGACUGUCAAUAUCCACACGCAUUUGAUACCAUUUUCGCUCUGGUCUCUCAAUCUCAUACCUCUCAACCCUUUCGCUGCCGACGUAAAACUUGAAUCGGAGCUGCCUGAGCUCGCUUUUACUGCGUUUGCUCUGCUGUGCCUUUUCACGAGCACAAUCUGGCAUACUAUGGCUGGCUGUGCUCAUCCCAAGGGAAUGGAACUCUGUGCUCGAGUGGAUUACGUCGGCAUAGGAUGGCUGAUAAGUGCGACCGUUGGCACCAUCGUGUACUACGGGUUCCAGGGUCACGAUGACGCACGAAAUAACUUUUUGGUGCUUUGUUUUAUCAAUGGUUUCCUUGGGAGUGUCUUCCCCUUCAUGGACUGGUUCAACGACCUGAAGUACCGGAACUACCGCAUCCUGUUCUUCCUUACUCUGGCAUUCUCUGUGCUCGCCCCCCUCACACAUCUCUCCUACCUUUACUCGACUUGGCAGAUGCUUGCUUUCAUCCGUCCACUUGUGCCCUCGCUCCUCGCCUACAUCGCGGGCUUCGUCUUCUACGCGACACACUUCCCCGAGUGCGUGCUCGCGCGCCCGGGCGAGACACACUGGCUCGACUGGCUGGGUGGUGGCUCGCACGCGAUCUGGCACGUCUGCAUCGUCCUCGCGAUUGCCCUUCACCGACAUGCGAUGGACAGCAUGAAGGCGGGCGUCAGUGCUGUUUAGGUGUAUGAGCAAGGCGCCGGUCUCCCUUUUCUUCCUUGGGCUGUGGGCGGGGUAGACACGUUUAGCCGCACUCGCUUCGUCAAUUCUUGUAUUUAGUGGGGCGAGGCACUUUCUGCUUUGCUCACUACGUGACGGUGCUCAUAAUCCACUAAUUCGCUACCGCACUUCGGCGCUCAUUAAAUUAUUUAUUUAUGCUUAUUCAAAUCUGGACUUCGCGCGAGUUAGAUCACUGCACAAGUGGGAAAGGUUGCGAUGUCACGGAAUACAUAACUAAGAUGAUGCUGAGAAGAUUGUGCCGGAGCCAGUCUGGAAUGUGGAUAUUGAGUCGCCGGAUGUGGGUAUAACGUCGGAAGAGGGGGACUCAGGUCCUUGACUUGGGGCUCCCGAGUCCGCUUGGUCUUGCGAUAUGUGAAUCAGGUCCUCAUCCCAAACCUGCUCCGGAUCAGCCUCAAAAUACGCAACAAUCCCACGAGCAUGCGCCAGCUUCGCCUUCACAUCCUCCGUCAGCAGACCACUCUCGUCGCAUUUCUCCAUGAUGUCCAACAAAUGACCCAGCUGUUCAGGUGCGAUCAACCAGAAGUUCCGUAGAGUGAAUGUCGACAGCCACGGCAGCUUCGCGUAGCUUCCGCAGUUGGUGUAGGAGCGCUCCAGGGAGGUUUGUGCGACUGAAAUCAUAAUGUUCACCACGGUGUGUACUUGAUCCGAGUUGGUCGUGAGCCAGUCGGUUUCUGGUGCGAUCUCAGCGGAGGCCAAGCUGUUGAGAAAUCCAUUUGUGAGGGCAACGAGGCAAGAGCAGUCUUCGCGCCCGUAAGGUCGACCGAGCAUGGAGUUUCUGUAGGUGACGACAAGAUUUGCCAUGACAACGCUCGGAGGAAGGUUUUCGAGAGGCCAGCGUCGUUCUGCGAGUACAUCGAAGGUG